GUUGUUGCACUAAAUUGACGAAGCUUGACGCUCUUUCUCAACGCAGCUAAGAUAGUCGACACCGCUGGAGGUGCAAGAAAGGCACUGCGACCAAACAGGGUGAUGCCGAACUUGCGCGGCGUUCGCCUGGCCGACCUCGAAGGAACGAGGGGCGUCGUCACCGGCUCAACCAUCGACUACAGGUCGCCCUGUACGGCGGGCGAGCACCGGACAUGCCGCAUCGUAUGCCAGCUGUCCGUCUGGAACGACGUUCUCUCGGACGCGUACUUGGAACUGCGCAAGGAUCCAGGCGGAGUAGGGUUCCUCUCUCUGGUGACCCUCGAACAGACUUACCCGUCCGCCGCCGAAGACCGCAAGCUGCACCGGUGCGCCACCCUCGUCUACUGGCUGCUCAAGACGCAUCGCUGCGUCGCCAGCGUCGACGUCAACUUGCGCAGUCUCGGCGCGCACUACGCGCUCGUCUUCGCGGCACUUCGAGAGAACCCGUCCGUCAAGCACCUGAAGCUCGGCCUGUGGACUUACUGGAGCGAUCAUCAGGAGCCCCGCGCCAUCGCCUCCUGCCUGGAGAACAUCGAGGAGCUCGAGUGCCGCCUCUUUCCCGACUGGCCGUCGCAAAUUCUCUCUGCGCUGACGAUCCUGCUCAGGGACGCAACAUCCUGCUCGCUGACCUCAAUCAAGAUUCCCAAGCUACCUCAGCUGAAACACGACGCCAACGUGCUGUUGGAGGUGCUGGUGACGAACAAGGCGCUGAAGAAGCUGUCGAUGCGGGGCUCCGACCUGACCACAGCUUGGAUCAAGUACCGCCACAAGUUUCGGAGGCACCUGGUCAACACUGGCUCCUUAACGGCGCUGAGCGUCUCGGAUAUGGUCGAAAUGCGCAAGGACGUCUUCAAGUGGCUUCUCGAAUGUCUGCGGGAGAACCGGACGCUAACGCACGUCACUCUGCAACGCAUCGUCGUCGACGAAGACAGCGCGACCGUCGUGGCGAAGAUUCUCGCCGAGAACGGCGUACUGCGCUGCUUCAACAUGUCAGAAAUGCGAGCGGAUUCCGAAUCACGGCGGGUAGACUUCUUCGACAGUUGGCUGCCGGCGCUCACCGAUAACGAAACGUUGGAGGAAUUCACGCUGCCCCUGAGCGCCUGGAAUCAGCAGCUGUGGAAGCGGUUCUUCGGUACGUUACCGACGAGGAGAGUCACGAAGAAAAUCACGAUCGAAAUAACUCAGGACGACUACCAUUCCAUGCCUACGGUGUACGGAAUCCUCGAAGAAACGCCGGGAGUGGGGCGCUUGGUCUUCUUCAAGAGUCUGAACCCGCUGAGCAGUUCCGACACGAUGUGGAACGAGCCUUCUCAGUGUCACGCCUGGUUGUUCCACAACACUCGGCACGUCUUCUCGGCGAUUCUGCGGCAGCUGCCUUCGCUCAGUCACGUGACCUGCGCGCAGCUCCGCAUAUCCGCCGACCUCCUCGAUCAAGCCACGUCUGCGACAAUAACGUCCUACGUCCGGACGACCCGCACUCUGAAGAGGCUCUGUCUCGCCUGCUUCUCCCUCGAAGCCGGCGCCGACAACGCGGUGGGCUUCUGGAGCGACGUUAUCGAGUCGCUCGCCGCUAAUACGAGCUUGACGGCGGUGGCGCUGAAGCCCAGGUACAUUACGGAACAUGCCAUUCAGAGCCUGGCGAACGUGCUCAAGUCGAGUCGCAACAUCCACACGGUGCAGAUAGACUUCGUGGAAAGCACGGACGCUGACGUCUUCGUUCGAGCUUUGUCUGCCGGACUGGCGGAAACGUACGUGCUGCUCGGCAUCAUCUUGAGCGGCUACUGCGACAGCCGAGUUCCGAGAGAGUGGUUCGCCGUGCGGGACACUGCUCGCAGGAACUCCUGCUUGGUGGCGCUAGCUGCCGAAUUCGUGAGCGGUCAUCGACGCGACAGGUACUGCGCUGGUGCCCUGGAACGGGUGCACAGCCACCCCGCGCUGCUCGGACAGGUCGCCCAGCUGUCGUCCGUCGGCGAGGUCGACGCAGCCGCCUUGGUGCGCGAGGCCCUCGAGAGCAUCCAGGGCAUCCACGCGUUCAUGAGGCUCGCUGGUGUGGUCAAGGAGCGGGUGCGGUGCCGCCCCGGCACGGAAGCCGGCGGCGCACAGCUGGACGGCCUCGACGACAACUGCUGGAGGUUCGUGAGGCGAUACCUGAGGCUGGAGGACGUCGUGGACUCCGCGCCGUUGCCGUCGAGUUCGUAGGCUGUCGUUCAAAGCCCAGCGGCGAGCGUCCGAGCUGGCAGCCCAACCGGACGCGUAUGUUCUAUUGGCUAACAGCUCUCUCGCCCCCUUCGUGUUUUUGU